AGGAGAAAUGUGGAUCGGAACUUUUCUUGUUUUAUUACACAACACUCACACAGUUCAUGGAGACUAUCGAGAUCCACACUGUGACGGUAAGCAGGUGAUUGUUCACUUGUUUGAAUGGAAGUGGACAGACAUAGCAGAUGAAUGUGAGAGGUUCCUCGGCAAGAAACAGUUUUGUGGAGUUCAGGUUUCACCUCCAAAUGAGCAUAUUGUGACCACAAACCCCAUGCGUCCGUGGUGGGAGAGAUAUCAACCGGUCAGUUAUAAACUUUACAGCCGGGGAGGGACAGAGGCCGAAUUCAAAGACAUGGUCACCAGGUGUAAAAACGUAGGCGUCAGAGUGUAUGUGGAUUCUGUGAUAAAUCAUAUGGCGGGACUGGGGAGGACGGGGACAGGAUCAGGAGGCACCUCUUUCAACUCUGACAAUUACGAUUUCCCGGGGGUACCGUUCAGAAGGGAACACUUCAAUUCCAGGGACAAGUGCCCCUCACACGACGGUAAUGUUAACAAUUACGGGGACCCUAACAAUGUAAGAAACUGCUUUCUAAUGGGACUCACGGAUUUGGAUCAAAGUCAGGAAUAUGUAAGGAACAAAAUAGUGGAGUAUUACAAUCAUUGCGUAGACUUGGGGGUGGCUGGAUUUAGGAUAGAUGCUGCAAAGCACAUGUGGCCUGGGGAUAUCAAAGCUAUUCAAGAUCGAGUCAAGGACCUUCCAGAGGGAGGCAGGCCAUUUUUCUACCAUGAGGUGACCGAUCUAAACGACGGAGCAAUAAAAGUAGGAGAAUACACAGAUCUUGGUUACGUGACAGAAUUCAGAUAUUGUCAGAAGAUCGCGGAGGGGAUGCGUAAUUUCGGAAUGCUUCACGGAGUUUAUGAUCCCGGAUGGGGAAUGAUUGACAGUGCUCACGCCUUUGUGUUUGUCGAUAACCAUGACAACCAAAGAGGACACGGAGGGGGCGGGAAUCUCAUUACUCAUAAAUCACCACGUGACUAUAAAAUGGCGGUUGCUUUCACCCUAGCAUAUAACUAUGGAUUUACCCGCGUCAUGAGCAGUUAUUAUAUCAAUGGCUUUGACGAGGGCCCUCCGCAUAAUUCUGACUACUCAGCAAAAGAUGUCACCAUUAAUGCUGAUGGUUCCUGUGGUAAUGGAUGGGUAUGUGAGCACAGGUGGAAUCCAAUAGCCAACAUGGCGGCCUUCCGAGAAGCCGUGGCAGGAACCGGUGUCAGUCAUUGGAGGAAUCAAAAUGAGGAAGUGUCGUUUGCUCGUGGACAGAAAGGAUUCUUUGCUAUGGCCAAAAGUGGACACAUGGACAGGACCUUACAGACGGGACUACCAGCCGGAGAAUAUUGUGAACUUGUUUCAGACUGCCAGAAGAAGAUCACAGUAGAUGGUAGUGGUAACGCCCACAUCGUGAUUGACAACAGUGCAGAACCAAUCAUAGCAUUUUCUGUUGGUUAG